UAUCACAAAGAUCAAAAAGGAAUGUGUCCAGGAGUUAUGAGAAGGAAAAAUCCCGUGAGAUUCAGCACAGACCAGAAAGAGAGCAAGGACACCAGCCAGGGGAGAAAAUGGGUAAAUUUAUUUCCUGUUGGGGAACUCAGAAGAGUGUCAAGGAAACCACAACACAGCAGGAAAUCCUCAUGGGAAAGAGGAAAAAUACAUGCAGUGAGUGUGGAAAAUGCUUCACUAAAAGAUCAGGCCUUUCUCAACAUCAGAGAAUCCACACAAGGGAGAGGCCCUACGAAUGCCAUGAGUGUGGGAAAAACUUCAUUAGGAGCUCAGCCCUUUCUGCACAUCAGAGAAUGCACACAGGGGAGAGGCCCUAUAAAUGCCGUGAGUGUGGGAAAACCUUCACUCAAAGAUCAAACCUUGUUCAUCAUCAUGAGAGAAUCCACACAGGCGAGAGGCCCUAUGAAUGCAGUGAGUGUGGGAAAACCUUCACUCAAAGAUCAGGCCUUUCUGCACAUCAGAGAAUCCACACAGGGGAGAGGCCCUACGAAUGCCAUGAGUGUGGGAAAAACUUCAUUAGCAACUCAGCCCUUUCUGCACAUCAGAGAAUCCACACAGGGGAGAGGCCCUAUGAAUGCCGUGAGUGUGGGAAAAGCUUCACUCACAGCCCAGCCCUUUCUAAACAUCAGAGAAUCCACACAGGGGAGAGGCCCUAUGAGUGCCAUGAGUGUGGGAAAAGCUUCAAUCACAGCUCUCACCUUACUGGGCAUCAGAGAAUCCACACAGGAGAGAGGCCCUAUGUAUGCAGUGAAUGUGGGAAAACCUUCAAUCACAGCUCGCACCUUACUGGACAUCAGAGAAUCCACACAGGGGAGAGGCCCUAUGAAUGCCGUGAGUGUGGGAAAAGCUUCACUCACAGCCCAGCCCUUUCUAAACAUCAGAGAAUCCACACAGGCGAGAGGCCCUAUGAAUGCAGUGAGUGUGGGAAAACCUUCACUCAAAGAUCAAGCCUUGUUCAUCAUCAUGAGAGAAUCCACACAGGCGAGAGGCCCUACAAAUGCCAUGAGUGUGGGAAAAGCUUCAUUAGCAGCUCAGCCCUUUCUGAACAUCAGAGAAUCCACACAGGGGAGAGGCCCUACACAUGCCCUGAGUGUGGGAAACGCUUCAAUCGGAGCUCACACCUUAUCACACAUAGGAAAAUCCACACGGGUGAGAAACCUUAUGGAUGCCCUGAGUGUGGGAAACACUUCAUUGAUAGUUCAGCCCUUAUCAUACAUCAGCGAAUCCACACAGGAGAGAGGCCCUACUUAUGCUCUGAGUGUGGAAAAAGUUUCAAUCGGAGCUCACACCUUAUCACACAUCGUAGAAUCCACACAGGAGAGAAACCCUAUAUGUGCUCUGAGUGUGGGAAACGCUUCAUUGGUAGUUCAGCCCUUACUGCACAUCAGCGAGUCCACACCGGUGAGAGACCCUACAUAUGCUCUGAGUGUGGGAAAAGCUUCAGUCAGAGCUCUACUCUGAUCACACAUCAGAGAAGCCACACAAGAGAGACACCCUACACGUGCUCUGAGUGUGGGAAACGCUUCAGUUAUAGCUCAGCCCUUAAUGCACAUCAGAGAAUCCACACGGGUGAGAAACCUUAUGGAUGCUCUGAGUGUGGGAAACACUUCAUUGAUAGUUCAGCCCUUAUCACACAUCAACGAAUCCACACAGGAGAGAGGCCCUACAUAUGCUCUGAGUGUGGAAAAAGUUUCAAUCGGAGCUCACACCUUAUCACGCAUCGUAGAAUCCACACAGGAGAGACGCCCUACACCUGCUCUGAGUGUGGGGAACGCUUCAGUUAUAGCUCAGCCCUUACCACACAUCAGAGAAUCCACACCGGUGAGAGACCCUACACAUGCUCUGCGUGCGGGAAAAGUUUCAAUCACAGCUCUACCCUAAUCACACAUCAGAGAAUCCACACAGGAGAGACACCCUACAUGUGCUCUGAGUGCGGGAAAAGCUUUAAUCAGAGCUCUGUACUGAUCACACAUAGGAGAAUCCACACAGGUGAGAAACCUUAUGGAUGCUCUGAGUGUGGGAAACGCUUCAAUCGGAGCUCAUACCUUAUCACACAUAGGAGAAUCCACACGGGUGAGAAACCUUAUGGAUGCUCUGAGUGUGGGAAACGCUUCAAUCAGUGCUCAAACCUUAUCACACAUCAGCGAAUCCACACAGGAGAGACACCCUACACAUGCGCUGAGUGUGGGAAACGCUUCAGUCAGAGCUCAACCCUUAUUAGACAUCAGAAAAUCCACAUGAGAGUGAUCUGCCUUGACUAGGGCAAAAACCACCUGUGCCUUACAUCCACUAGGACUGUACUAGGUGUUGGCUGCCCAAGUUAGUGAUCUUGGUGUAAAAAGACAAUUAUAGUUGUAGUGCAGAUGCAGCCCAGGUGCAGUGGUUGGCAUUAGCUUUCCCCUUGACCUGACCUAAACUCCACCGCUUUUCCUAGUCCAAACAAACCCUGAGCAUCACGGUUAUACUGUUCCCCCAUUUCAAAGCAAUUGAUAGUCAUCAGGUUCCCCCUUUGGCAACAAGUGGUUUCAUUCCUAGUUGCUUUCAUGUUGCUUCAGGUUGUGCUGGAGAGCAGAUAUUUUUAUUACCAUUUUCCUCACUUAAAAUAUAUUGAACUAUAACAAAGAGCAGGAACAGGGCAGGGAUAGGGAAAAAUGUCAUUUCACCCUCUGUAACAACAGAAGAAGAUAGGGUAAAUCAGAGGGAUUCCCUUAUUUCCCAUCACCAUCCCAAUCCCCCUGUUGUUCAAGUGGUUAGGUCAAUAUUUUCCCUAAAGGGCUGAGAAGAGGAUUCCCUAGUAAAUGACUUGUAACUAAGCAAAAUACCCAUACAUUUGGCUACCAAAGCAAUUGUGGCCCAGGCCCUGCAGAAGGUCGCUCCUGAAGAUAUCUCCUUCCUAAUCAGGUGCAUGUUGCCUAUUAUUUGGGAAAUGCAAUCCCUAUCUAGGAAGAGAUGGGGAAAAAUGGAAGUGACAUUUCUCUUCAGCUCACCCCUGGGAGAUGCUGCAAAUGUGUAGAAAAUGAAAUCCGGGUUGAAUGUGAUAUAGCUGCAAAAAGAUACCUUUUUAAAUAGAUACCUGACAUUUGGUGUCUUACAGGGAUUCUAAACCGCAACUGAAUUUAGUCCCUAAUUUAAAUCUGUGACAUCAGAUUAAAGAAAUAAAAGCGUAUAUUUGGGGGAGUUAUACCUCACUAUCGCUACUGAUAUGUUGUGUGUUUGGUGAAGAAUUCUACACCAGAGAAGUGUAAAAUUACUCCAAAUAAGGUCAAAGGUUUGACAAGUACUCAGGUAGAAAUUGCAGGUACCAGUGGUUGAUUUUCACCCUGGAGAUGGAUGCUAUGUUGACCUGUGGCCCAGGUAAACUAUUUUUAGAAUGCUGCUCCCUAGUUAAGUGGCAUUGAUCAUGGUCCUAAAGGAUGCCAUGAUUAAAUUGGGAACAACAGUCUUUUACCAUUUGGAUCCAAAGUUUCAUGAAGCACAGAGAGAAGCAGCUGAUUCCUUCAGAACCAUUCCAUGCCUAUGGGUCCCAGUCUGGCUGCCUUGUUGGACAAGAAGCACUUCCAUGCUGUGCAAAUGAUGGUAACCAAUGCGGAAGUGUAUAAGAUUCCAUGUUCGGACUCCAGGAUACGUGAAUGCUGAGUCCAGUCUGUGGUUUGGUCUCUUACGUUUGCUCUUGAGUCUAAUGCAUCACUUCUCUGCCUCCUGCUACUUUGAAAAAUUAGAAAGUGUGAAAAUAGAGCACAGGUAGUUUUUCUCAUGAUGCAACCUACCCAUGUAGUGUGAGACUCCUUCCACCCACACUUAUGGGAGAAGACCCAGGGAGAAAUGAACUCUCAGAAAUGGAAGGCUCCUAGGUUAUUGUAGAAUGUGACUUCACAGAAAGCUGACUGGGUGGAAAUGGGAAAUAAGAGAAAACUGCCCUAUAGGUUCAUAUUUUGUAAUCUUUGAAUAAAUUAUCAGUGACAAUGUAAUUAAAUAUGAAGUUAAUUAGUGUAAAGUAAGAGGCUGAUUAUGUGAUAACUUUCAGUGUUACAAUAUAAUUCAGGUUUUCUUCUAGUUCUCUCCCUGCCCCUUCCUACUGUAUUGGAAAUGGUGGCUAAUCCUGAAAAGUAAAACCUCACUCCAAAGGAAUUAGAGUGGGGGAACAUGUGAGAGAAAUAACAUGUAUGAAAAGAGAGACCCAGUAUAGACUGUAAUUAUUUCUAUU